AUGGCCUUAAUCCAAGAUCUGCUGAAGGAAAUCCAGGAGCUCAAAGAGUCCAGAGACGAUCUGAGACAGGAAGUUAAUGCUCUGAACGGUCAGCUCAGCCAGCUGAACAUGAAAGAGUUGGUGGACCGUAUCAUUGCUAUGGAGCAGUAUUGCCACCAAGUGGAAGAUCUGGACAACACUACAAAAGAGCUGAAGGACAAGAUGGCCCAGUACCCUGUUCCAGAGGAGCUCACGCAGUGUGUCACAUGGGAAGUGAUGCAAGCUGCGCUCAUCAGCGAGAGGCAGAAGAUUCAGGAGGCACGUCCAGCUGGGUUGCAGGACACCCUCUCCGCCGCUGAAAACAUUGCACCCGUUCACCCUUUGAACCUGGGUACCCCAUUCAAAGAUGACAGAGCGGGUACAGGUGGCACAGCUGGUGUAGAUCUCUCUCGUCGGGUUUCUCCUCCCCAGCAGUCGCUGUCUGACGGGGCUCUGUGCACUGUGACGGGCCGCCGACUGUCCCGGGUCAGCAUUGGGGCCGAACGCUACCCGGAGACCGUAGAGGCUCUGGUGGAGGUGGGCAGGCUGAGGGACAGGCACGAGAGUCUGGAGGCCCGUGUGGGGCAGCUGGAUGCAAACAAGGCUGAUCAGACCCAGUUUCAACAUCUGCGUGAUCUUUUCACUGCCAUGGAAGAGAGGCAGAUUCCUGACCAUGUCCCGGAGCAGCUGAAUCAUCUGAGGACUCUUGUGGACAGUCUUCUAGCAGAUAAAGUGAAGAACACUGAUCUGGUGAGUGAAGUAGAGGCAGCCAUACUGCAACUGCAGUCCAAGUGUGAGAAGCUCCACAGAACAUCCAACCACCUGACCGAGGAACACGGCAAGAAACAGACACACAUAGAUCGUCUGUUCAAGAUUGUGGUGGACCUGGAUGAAAAGAAAGCUGACAAGGAAGUGGUGGAAAUGGAGAUUGAAAUCAAAGCUGACAAACGGGCUCUGGAGAGCAAGGUGAGCCACAUGCAGUUCGACAGCAUGACAGAGCAGCUCAAUAACGUGUUACAGGAUCUGCUGAGUAAGAUCGGCGGUCAGGAGCAGGACUGGAACAAGGUCAUCAAGAAGAUCUCCUCUGAGAUGGACUGCAAGUUGAACCGGAUUGAGCUGGAUCCUCUGAAGAAACAGCUCGAUGAUCGCUGGAGGACCAUCCAUAAGCGUCGGUCUUAGUACAAAGAUGUAACUACAGAAGAGUCAAAACUAGUUAUUAAAAAAGAUUCUCCUUGUCGUAAUCAUUAGACAUCCUUACAUUGUGGUUGUAAACACUAUAGUAUAGUAAAGUCUCUCACAGUCUCUGAAUGUUUUUCCAGGCACUUGGUGACUCUGCCCUCUGCCCCAGGACUGCCCUCUCACAAGUCCAGCCGGCCCUACACUGUGUAUGAGCUGGAGCAGGUGCGACAGCACUGCAGGAGCGAGAGGAUCCCAGAAAUGGCCGAUUACAGUUACCUGGCCCGUAGCUGUGGGGGCAGCCACACCCUCACCUACCCCAGCCGCCGCUACACCCGCCUUCAGCACAUCACCCACCUGAUCCAGAACGAAGAGGACAGUCGGCCCGUGUCCUCUGGACCACCCGCACAGGCAGCGGAGGUGGACAUCUUAGGUUUGGAUGGACAGGUCUACAAGGGCCGAAUGAGCAGCAGAACAGUGAGGCUCUCCGAGACCAGAUUUCCCACCAUCUCUCCUCGAGAAGGCAACUGGAAGAGCAAAGACAAGGUCAGCCGCUCGCAGUCCCAGAGGUCCAGUGGAAUGGAUGCUGGCCGUGGCAGUCCAGCACGGCCACAGAGUGCCAAGACUCAGAGUAGUCGCUCAGCGUCCAGCACCUCAAUGAAAGAUUGGCCCCUGUCCUCCAUGGACUGUCUGUCCCAGGACGUCCCGCUCCAGACCUCAUUCCACGACACCACCACAGAGCCGAGAGAAGCACUGGAGCUCCACAAAGAGCUCAACCAAUCAGAGGAUCAGCCGGUGACAUAACUUUAGAGAUCCUCCAAUGGAAGCCGCUCCAUUGUCUGAAUGACAUGUUUACAGCAGUGCGUGAC